CUGCAACUCCUCGCUAAUUCGCACCACUGCACUCUCCCUAUUCUUCUUCUACGGGUUCACGAGCGUUCCGGGCCGGAUUCGCUCAGCAUCAGACGUAUCAGGAAAGGACGCAAUGAACAUGUUCCUCGAUCGAACACAAAUGGGAGGCGCGAUGGGAACAAUGAACAAUGCUGUACAAUGCCUUUGUUCACCGGAAGUGCUCAGCAUCACGAACACUUAUAUAAAUUCCACAUUCGACUUAUUUACAUAGCCAAGGUAACUCCGUGUACCUCGUCCACGGCGUGUUAGAACAUUACCAGGCUCCAAAGUUCUCACACGACCCCCGGCAUGAUGAGUGCGUCUCAACCGCAGUACGCCACGGCAGGCUUCGUGAUAGACCUCGCGGCGGUUGUCAACACGAACGAACCCGGCCACAGGAUGGUCGUUCCGGGAGCCAAGGAGGCCAUCGCCAGUCUACAGGAUCAGAAGAUUCCGUUUGUACUUCUGACCAGGGAAACUGGGCUGACCGAGAAACAAGUGGCUCGGGGUCUGGAGAAACGCCUCGGCCUCAAGAUCGGCUCCGGGUCUAUUGUUCUCCCGCAGACGCCGUUUCGCGAACAGGUCAACGACUAUCAGGACAAAGUCGUCGUUGUCAUUGGCGGCGAGGGGGACAAAGCGCAGAAGGCAGCGAUGAAGUACGGCUUCAAGCACGUCAUGAUAACCAAGGAUAUCGUCGACCUGUAUCCCCACCUUUACAACACUGGAGAGCACUGCCUGCACCCAACCCCGCCAAAGCCCUGGAUAUCCGCCCGCGGGGACGACAUCAAGGUAUCCGCCAUCUUCGUCUGGCGAGCGUCGGACCCCGCCAACUGGGACCUUGACAUCGGCAUCUGCGUCGACCUGCUGCUGACCAAGCAGGGCUACAUCGGGACGCACACGACCAAGAACCUGAACUACCUCCAGCACUGGCCCGAGCAGCAACCGCAGCUGUUUAUCUGCAAAGCUGACACCGCCCCGGCGCCAGGAGCUGGUCAGGGGUACGGUUAUCCCGUUCCCCUCCGCGACGGCAAGACCUGGCUGAGCACGCUCGAGGACCGGUGGACCGACGCUACGGGCCUGCCGCUGGACGAUGUCCAGUACAAGUACUUCGGCGCGGCCUGCAACGACGAUGUCACGGUGCGCCACAUGGAUCGGGUGUUGCGGGAGCGCAGUAAGAAACUCGACCACCGCCGGGAUCGCACUGGGAACUGCCAGCAUGACCACCGGCCCUUCCUUCGCACCGUGUACAUGAUCGGCAAGGACAUCGACUUUGGCGCGCGGAGCGAUGCCUACGAGGUGGACUGUGAACCGCGGGCUCGGAGACGCAGCGUGCGCAUUGAUCCGCUGCGGAAGGCACAGCUGCGUGAAGCCGCGGUGCAUGACUUCGCGCCCGAGGUUCGGCCGUGGCAUGUGGCCGGCAGCCUGAAAGAGGCGGUGGAGUACGCACUCACUGAGGAGUAUUGGGAGUGUGUGGAAGCUGGGCUGAAGCCGUUGUGGGCUAGGCCAGAAGGGGCGAUUACCUUGGUUUGAACCAGGAGACUGAGGUGGCCCAGUCCACUUGGCUCUCUGGGAGGCUCUAAUAAGCAUAAGCAGAGUCAUCCAUUGUUCAUGCCUUACUUUUACUUAGUGCGACUCAAUCCGAUCAUUCUGCUCAACGGGGUUUCCAAACCCCCACUAUCUUGCGUGUGGAUGGUGUAGUAGGCUAGGAAGGUCACAUACCAGUAGUCAG